AUGACCAUGGAUGAUGGCUUCGGUAGAGUCGAUGAAGAGAAGGAGGCCGACCUGCUAGUAAAUUUGAUCUGCAAACCUGCUAGUGAAGGUGAGGGGAUAGUGGGGAAGAGAGCAAGGGAGGAGGCAGAGUCUCCGCCCGCCGCGAGCCGAAAAUGGCGGCCCUCCUCCUCCUCCUCCCGCCGACCCCCGGCCGGUCCUUCCAGAAGCAGGCGCCGCGGCGCCGCCGCCGCCAAUCCGUGGGCCCGGCCGCCGCCGCUGCUCCCGGUCCCGCCGGCGAGGCGGCGGCGGCUGCGGGCGGCGCUGGUCGCCGGGGAGAAGCCGGCGAUCUGCACGGCCGACGAGCUCCACCACGUCCCCGUGUCCGGCUCCCCGUGGAACCUCGCCCUCUGGCGAUACCUCCCUUCGCCGAAUGCGAUUCGGAGGAACCACCCGCUGCUGCUGCUAUCCGGAGUCGGGACCAAUGCGAUCGGAUACGAUCUCUCUCCCGAGGCCUCGUUUGCACGGCAUAUGAGUAGCCAAGGAUUCGAUACAUGGAUACUAGAAGUUCGAGGUGCUGGGCUGAGUGCAAGACAAAUGGACUAUGAAGAGGCUACGCGAUCUGUUAACGGGAUGUCUGAUUGGACAGAAUCAGUGAUGUUAGCUGGGCAAAGCUCUAACAUGGUUGGCCAACUGAGGGAUUUGAGUCAAAAGCUAGUAGAUAUCAUCAGAAAAGGUCAAAACAUGGUCCCACCGCCAUUGGUUGGCCUGCAAGAGCGCCUUUCCAGCACAUUGGAAGAUUUUCAAAAGCAACUGGAUGUUAUUGAGAAUUACGAUUGGGACUUCGACCACUAUCUAGAGGAGGAUGUGCCCACUGCGAUGGAUUACAUAAGGACUUGUUCCAAAUCAAAAGAGAGCAAGUUGCUUGCAAUUGGUCACUCCAUGGGAGGUAUCUUGCUGUAUGCCAUGCUCUCAAGAUACGGUUUUAAGGGGAAAGAUCCUGGGUUGGUGUCAGUUGCUACUCUGGGGUCUUCACUUGACUACACAUCCUCGAGAUCAUCAUUGAAAUGGCUCUUACCUCUGGCUGAACCUGCGCAGGCUCUGAAUGUCCCUAUCGUUCCUAUUGGAGAAUUGAUUGCUGCAGCUCAUCCAUUUGCGUCACGUCCUCCUUUCUCAUGGUUGAAUCUGCAAAUUUCAGCUCAGAAAAUGAUGCCCCCAGAGUUGGUGGAGAAGCUUGUUAUGAAAAAUUUCGGCACAGUUCCUGCGAGGCUUCUCUUACAGCUGACAACAGCAUUUCAAGAAGGUGGAUUACGUGACCGGAGUGGGACUUUCUUUUACAAAGAUCAUAUAGGUAAAUGCAAUGUCCCAAUAUUAGCCCUUGCUGGAGAUCUGGAUCUCGUAUGUCCACCCGACGCCGUAUAUGAAACAGCAAAGCUUAUACCGGAGCGUCUGCUGACUUACAAGGUGGUUGGCGAACCCGGCGGUCCACAUUUUGCUCAUUAUGAUUUGGUGGGCGGGGGAAUGGCACCUACUCAGGUCUAUCCAUGUAUAAUCCAGUUCCUCAAUCGUCACGACAAGAUUUGACUUUUUCCUCUGAAUUGAUUCAUUUGUCCUCAAAGCCCAAUAUCUAAUGCGUAAUCCGCAAGGGAGGUGCACGUGAUCUGGGUAAUGUAUAUCCAUCAGUGGCUGUAUAGUGUUGAUUUGUAAAAUUUUCUCGUACCACUAAAAGUUGUAGAAAAGCUUGUAACAAUUCAUGAAAUGAACAUCUUUGUAUCUAUGUAAGGACAUAGAAGUACUUGUCAAAUGGUUGGAUCUAAUCGGAUCGAUUCGAAAAUGGUCUAA